GUAAAAGAAUAUCUAUUGUGUGUGGUGGGGGAGGGGAAGGAGGUAUCUAUUUCUCACUUUGCUGUAAAUAAGCAAAAACAAAAACAAAACAAAAACCCGAAAAAACAAAAAACAACCCCAAGAACACAAAACAAACUAUACAGGCAGUUGCUGAGAGACGUUGCAUACUACCUUUGUAAAUUUUAUCUUAAUCUAUUGCUUACCUUUUGUUUGAAAAGGUCUUAUUUAUUAAAGGUGUGUCUUGACCUUGACAGAGUGAAUUUAUGCAGAAAGCGAAAUUUAUAUUUUUAAGGAGUGUUGAGAAGAGAAAUGGGUGUUCCUGGUAUAAAAUUUUUAAAAUUCAAUGAAUAUAUUAACAUUGAUUACAGCUAUUAUAAAAUGUUCUGAGUCCAGCUUACUUUUUGGCUUUUUUGCUGAGGUAUAGCAUUAAUUUUUCCAUGAAGAGCAUGUAGUUUAAACUGAAGGCAUUAACAACAAGCAUUGAUAAAAGCAACCGGAAAAGCAGAGUGAUAUUAAAAUUAUAAUCAAAUGCCUAUUUCAGCCAUGAUGAUAUGGCUAUUAUAAAGACAAUUCUAGCUCACUGAAAGUGACUCAAAUCUCAGAUUAUAAUGGUUUACUGCAGCACUGUUUAAACCAAGUAUGAAAAUGUCUGUUUCUAUGACCAUCUUCUUUGGCAGCAAUAGAACUUUGUCUUUCUAAAUCAAAGCUUCAUUUGCCUCUUUGUAUUGUAUUUUGCAAUACCGAUCAAAGCCAUUGUUUUAGACCAAGGGAACUGAGGAACACGAAAGCAAUCUUAAACAGAUUUUAUUGGUAGUAGCCGGCAAUCUGUGUUGUAUAUUGUAUUGAGUUGGGUUUUUUCCCUGGGGGGGUUGAAGGGAGGAAAGGCAGGGGAAUGAGGAAUAGAAGGGAGAGCAAGGUGGCUGCGAAGCAUUUCCUUUAGCCCACCACUAUUUUGUGUAUGAAACUUUGAAAUAAAAGAUAUUAAUGAACCAUUUUAAUGAUAGUUUUUAAUAAAAUAAUCGAACUACUUUUAACCCCAUUUCUUGUCUGAUAUAUUUUGCAUAAUAGUUAAUAAUUUCAUUUUCUGAUACAUUGAUUUUAACAAUAGUUAUUAUCAUGAGGAUGUCUAAAGCCAGAGCUUCUGUGUGUAUCUGAAUGCCUUUUCACAAGUGUCCUGAGAAAGAUUCCUCUCCAAGUAUCUGGGUUAAUUAAGUAACUGCAUUAAAUUUAUUAAUAACUUAGUUGCAAUUGUACUGAAUCAUCAUCUAAAAAUAAUUAUAUGUUUGGUCAUAUGCCCCUAACAUUCAAAAUAUUUGUUUUUAGGGUCUCAGAAGUGUAAUAUUUAUAUAUUUAAAGCAAUUAACAUGUUCUAAGGACAAGCUAACUACAUGUAUGGCCAUCUCUGGGUUUUGAGUGAUUAAUUUUCAUCCUUGAAUAAGAAAACAGGCUAUAUGGUAGAGGUGAAUAUAGCCCUUCUAUGUGAGAUGGAAAAUACCAUACACUCCUUAUAUGGCUAAAUGAAGCAGUGAUGGCAAUGCACUAUAAUUACAAUGUAUGAAAAUUUGGGACUUUGUACUCCUCUAUUUUUAACACUUUUGCUAGCAUAUGGUAAUUCAGGGUCUUCAAACCAUAGUGUUUCGCUGCUAAUACUAGUGAUAAGAGAAUGGAUUCUAAAUUUGCCAAAGUCUUGUGACCAACAGCAGCAGGAGGAUUCAAAAUUGAAAAUCUGGCAACCCCAGAAUUAUCUUGACUGCCUACUUAAAUCUCAGGGUUUUUUUUAAAGCCCCACCCCCACCCUAUCUCACAGGCGCUCGCUCGCUCGCGCGCACUCUCUCUCUCUGACCUUAAAUCCAACCAGAAGCAUUUCUCCACUCUGCAGAGAAAUUCUCAGGCUCCUGUUGAGACCUGAAGCACUGAGAUGCCAAGAAAUCUCUUGUGCGGCAGAAUUGGAGACAAGAAAAUUGGGGAAUAAGCAGAAAAACCAUAAUCCUUAGAGUAACAAGAAGCAAGCACUUCCAAACGUUUCACUGCGCAAACCAUGCAGGAUGAUUUACUGAUGGACAAAAGCAAAACCCAGCCCCAGCCCCAGCAGCAGCAGCGGCAGCAGCAGCAGCAGCAGCAGCAGCAGCCCCAACCUGAGUCCAGCGUAUCCGAAACCCCGUCCACGCCCCACUCCUCAGAGACCCCCAAGCCGGAGGAAAACAGCGCAGUGCAGGCCCUCAGCCCAGCCGCUGCCCCGCCGGCCCCCAACGGCUCGGACAAGAUGCAGAUGGAAUCACCGCUCCUGCCAGGCUUGAGUUUCCAUCAGCCCCCUCAGCAGCCGCCGCCGCCUCAGGAGCCCGCGGCGCCGGGCGCGUCGCUGUCGCCGUCCUUCGGCAGCACCUGGUCCACGGGCACCACGAACGCGGUAGAGGACAGCUUCUUCCAGGGGAUCACCCCAGUCAACGGGACCAUGCUCUUCCAGAACUUCCCGCACCAUGUCAACCCAGUCUUCGGAGGCACUUUCUCCCCGCAGAUCGGCCUGGCGCAGACCCAGCACCACCAGCAGCCGCCACCGCCUGCGCCCGCGCCGCAGCCGGCACAGCCGGCGCAGCCCCCGCAGGCGCAGCCCCCGCAGCAGCGCCGCUCGCCCGCCAGCCCCAGCCAGGCGCCCUACGCGCAGAGGAGCGCCGCCGCGGCGUACGGCCACCAGCCCAUCAUGACCAGCAAGCCGUCCUCGUCUUCGGCGGUUGCAGCUGCUGCUGCCGCAGCCGCCGCCUCGUCGGCCUCGUCCAGCUGGAACACGCACCAAAGCGUGAAUGCAGCCUGGAGCGCACCGUCCAACCCCUGGGGCGGCCUGCAGGCGGGCCGGGACCCUCGCCGGGCUGUCGGUGUGGGCGUGGGUGUGGGUGUCGGGGUGCCUUCCCCGCUCAACCCCAUCUCGCCACUCAAAAAACCCUUCUCCAGCAACGUGAUCGCGCCGCCCAAGUUCCCUCGCGCGGCCCCGCUCACUUCUAAGUCCUGGAUGGAGGAUAACGCUUUCCGGACCGAUAAUGGUAACAAUCUGUUGCCAUUUCAGGACCGGAGUAGGCCCUAUGAUACUUUUAACUUGCACUCGUUGGAGAACUCCUUAAUGGAUAUGAUAAGGACUGAUCAUGAGCCUCUGAAAGGUAAACACUACCCUCCCAGUGGCCCACCAAUGAGUUUCGCUGAUAUAAUGUGGAGGAAUCAUUUUGCAGGACGCAUGGGGAUAAAUUUCCAUCAUCCAGGAACAGAUAAUAUUAUGGCACUUAACACCAGGAGCUAUGGGCGGAGACGAGGUCGAUCUUCUCUCUUUCCCUUUGAAGAUGCCUUCCUGGACGACAGCCACGGCGAUCAGGCCUUGUCAUCUGGCUUAAGUUCUCCCACUCGCUGUCAAAAUGGGGAACGAGUAGAACGCUACUCUAGAAAGGUGUUUGUUGGAGGCCUUCCUCCUGAUAUUGAUGAAGAUGAGAUUACUGCCAGCUUUCGCAGGUUUGGACCUCUCGUGGUAGACUGGCCUCACAAAGCUGAAAGCAAGUCGUAUUUUCCUCCUAAAGGCUAUGCCUUUCUGCUGUUCCAGGAGGAAAGCUCAGUACAAGCUUUGAUAGAUGCCUGCCUGGAAGAAGAUGGGAAACUGUACCUGUGUGUGUCAAGCCCCACCAUCAAGGAUAAGCCAGUGCAAAUUCGACCAUGGAACCUAAGUGACAGUGACUUUGUAAUGGAUGGUUCUCAGCCUUUGGACCCCAGAAAAACUAUCUUUGUUGGGGGAGUUCCACGACCCCUUCGAGCUGUUGAACUGGCAAUGAUCAUGGACCGUUUGUACGGUGGUGUCUGCUAUGCUGGCAUUGAUACGGACCCAGAGCUGAAGUACCCCAAAGGUGCUGGCCGCGUGGCAUUCUCCAAUCAGCAGAGUUACAUCGCAGCCAUCAGUGCUCGUUUUGUGCAGCUUCAGCACAAUGACAUUGACAAACGGGUUGAAGUAAAGCCAUAUGUGCUAGAUGAUCAGAUGUGUGAUGAGUGCCAGGGCACACGCUGUGGUGGGAAGUUUGCCCCGUUCUUCUGUGCCAACGUCACCUGUCUGCAGUAUUACUGUGAAUACUGCUGGGCGAGCAUACAUUCCCGAGCCGGGCGGGAGUUCCACAAACCGCUGGUGAAGGAGGGAGGCGACCGCCCUCGUCACGUCCCGUUCCGCUGGAGCUGAGCCACGGCCGACCCAGCCACAGUACUGGAGUAGAUAACAAGGAGGGGAGAGAGAGGGCACUGCCUCAGGGCUUACAGUGUUCUGGAAAUCUGUGCAUUCGUUCUUGAUUUUUAAAGAAGAAUUGGGUCUUUUUAUUAUUAUUAUUAAUUAUUAUUAUUAUUAUUAUUUACAGUCAUAUUACUGAACUCAGUGUCCAGUAUAAUGCAGAAUUGCAGAGUGUAGAAUGGUACUGAUUUGCACUUUGAUUCACACCUUUGUCUGCUUGGUACCUUAAUUUUUUAUACCUGAUUUGUCACUCGUGACAGUAUGUAGGCUGCCAUUCUCAUUAGCGGCCGUCAGGCUACUGUCUGUGAUUCUUUUGUUUGUUGCUGUGGUGGUGUUGUUCUGAUUGUUUUGAACUGGAGCAUGCACUUAUUUUCAGAAACUUAGAGAGUUGCCCCUAGAACAAGACUUACCAAAGGUAAUAUUCGUGAGUAGGUGGCAGAUGUAGCAAAAACUUCACAACAAUUCAGAAUCAUUAGUUCGGGUCACUUAGAGUAAGGAUAACCCUUCAUGAAAAUAAGCCUUUAGUUGCUCUCUAUUUUGACUUGUAAGGAUACCUCAUAAGCUGGAUCUUUUAUUUUUCCUUCAUGUUUGAUUUUUGUUUUGCCGAGGAUUUUGGUUAGAUCUUUUAGUAUUAUGUAAAUUUAUGCUGCAAUAGCUUUUGCUGCUAUUAAAAUGGUAUUAUUAAUACCAUAAUACUCUAUUCAGGCUAAGAUAUCAAUUAAACACAAAAACCCAACAACACACUUUUGUGAUUUUAGGGAUAGAGUCAGCUGCCGAAAGGAGAUCAGAAUAGACUUCAGAAAGCUUCGGUGGAAGGUCACUAUUUCUGACUGCAUGUUUACUUAAUCAGGUUGCUGCAUGCAAUAAAUUUUAUAUCCAAUGUCUAGUAUAAAACGUUCCCACAAUGCACAAAUUAAGAAUCUAUAUAAGCUAUAAAAUACUCAUUUUUUAAAAAAAGUUUUUUUCAUUCAAAGAAUUGGUAAUUGACCAGAGGAAGGCAUGCCUCAGUAAAUGGAAUGCUCUGAAUGAGAAGAGCCCAUAACAGAAUGACCUAUAUUACAACCGAUAUAAAACCUAGGUGUAGGAUAUUCUUCAAGCAAAUUUGUGGAUGGUAGAUGAAGUACUUUGCGGUGCUCUGUUAUAUAUUGUGCAAUUUAUUUUAUAUAGUAAAGUGAUUAUGUCUAACUGUGAUCAAACUUAACUGUUUAAAGCCUCUGUCAGACAUUAACGAACUUGACAGUUCAUAACUGGUAUAUUAUAAACUAACACAUGAGCUCUUAGUUACAAUCUCUUAGUGCUUGCACCAUUUUACAUAGCUUCAGACCUUGUCCAGAAAACCAAAGAGCUCAUCUUAGCUUACAAACACUAAGAAUAUAUACAGGAUAUAGAGAUAAGUUGUCAGAUUGACAAACUAGGCACAUUUUUAAGAAAGUUGUGUAAUGGUGAUGCUAAAGAAAUGUCUGUACAAAAUAAGAUGGCCUGGGCAGAGUGGGUUGUCUGGGUGAGAAACUAACUACUUAAUUCCCUGGAUUUAUCCUGUUAAGCUUGAGUAGAAUGAAGGCCUGCUGGCACUAGCGUGGUCUAGAAUGAAGGCCUGCUAGCCGUAGCGUGGUCUAGAAUGGAGGCCUGCUAACCCUAGCGUGGUCUAGAAUGGAGGCCUUCUAGCCCUAGCGUGGUCUAGAAUGGAGGCCUUCUAGCCCUAGCAUGGUCUAGAAUGAAGGCCUGCUAGCACUAGCGUGGUCUAGAAUGGAGGCCUGCUAGCCCUAGCGUGGUCUAGAAUGGAGGCCUGCUAACCCUAGCGUGGUCUAGAAUGGAGGCCUGCUAGCACUAGCGUGGUCUAGAAUGAAGGCCUGCUAGCACUAGCGUGGUCUAGAAUGGAGGCCUGCUAGCACUAGCGUGGACAUUUUUCUAGCAUUCACCCUUGGGCUGCAGAUAGUAAUAUAUAAACACACACAAUGAUUGCAAGACUAUGUAAAUCUUUUUUUAAUCUUCUUCCUAUGUUUUGGAAUUCUGGGGACAAUCUGACUGGAUAUGACACUGCAGAAUAGAUUUAAGUCGCUGUGUUUUCUGUGCUGUGAUGUCCUUGUACUGUCUUAAGUUAGUGUUGCUUUUGUUUCGUUCUCCCAUGUUUGGUUGCAAUUACUGACUCUCAAGCUAUAGUUUGUUUUCAAAAAGGAAAAACAAAAUAGUUUUUUACUGGAUUAAAAAUGCUUAUUUUAGAAUUCUCCCCUUUUUAAGGCUUUUUGGUAAUAAUUGCUUUUUUCCAGCCCCGGUGUGGUUUUGUUUGUUUUUUUCUAUGUUUGUGGGUUUUUUUUUCAUCUGUACAAGAAAUUUUGUUAUGCACUACUACUUUUUGUAUUCUAGACAGUUUUCAAAAGUUGGCAGAUUUUUUUUUGUUUUUAAGGAAAAAGGCAUGCUUUCUGACUGACAUGAUCUUUUGCAAUACCUCAAUUUUGAAAUAUAGGAAAGAAAAUGAUAUUUUCUAAGUAAGUUUAUUCAGAAAAAUAUAUAUUAAUUUAAUUCUGCAAGAAAAUGAUUUAACAGAUGGGUAACUUUAUUUUUUUCAUGCUUAUUUGUGUUUUUUGAAAAUGAAGAAGUUAGAGCUUUAUAACUAUAAUAUUAAAGAUCAUAUCUAACCUACAGAAAUCUACCUAAUUAUGUGAAAGAAGCAAAACUUUUUGAAGAAGCACCCCUCUUUCAUGUAUUAAAAUAACACUGAGAUUUUUUAAAAAGCUGGAAGAUUGUACAGCAUAAAGCUAAAGUGAAGACAAAAAACAUUGUCCUGAAGAAUAGGUUACAAAAAAUAAACUCCAUUUGGUGCUGAACGUUGUGAAUAGAUGGUGGAAACUACUUUCCCUUAAUUUGUAUAUUUCUAAUCAAGCGUUGAUUGUGCGCGACUGACCAGGAUUGUGAAAGAGUUCUUCUGUUUGUAUUUUUUUAAAGAGAACUUUUUUAGUUUAUUAAAUUAUAACACGUUCCCUUUUGUUUUGUAAAUAAAUGUGCCCCCAAGUUGUUAAUGUUAUAUUAAAAGAGAGGGUCCUUCAAAAAAAUUAUUUUUUAAAACACAGAGGUGUUCUGACCUGCAACUUGACUGGGAAGCCCCUGGGUAACACAGGUCCUGCUGUGGCCUUUCCUUGGUGUGACACUUGAACUAGUCGAUUUUUUGAAGGCUAUAACUUAACCUCGACUAUUUGUUGUUAUGUGCAAUACUGUUUGUACUGUUUGUAUAAAAAAUAGAAAAAAAAGAAAAGAAAAAAGGCAUAAAUCUUUAUUGCAGAUUUAUUUUCAUUGCAAACUUUAGACAUUGUGAUUCACUGAAAUCAUUUUUCUACUGUCAAAUAUGUACCUUUUCUUCAUGCUGGUAUUUUUUCAAUAGUAAUGUAGCCUUUGUACUGAGACAAAUUUUCAUUGUUAUUUUUAGAAAGAUUUUUUGCUAAGAAAAAAAUUAAACAUAUUUACAUAUUUUUCAUUUUAUUUCGUAUUUUCUUUAAGGAGUGCUUUCUCAAUCAUUAAUAGAGUUGUUUCUGGGAGGGACUUUCAUAUCUGGUCAAUGUCAUAAUAUUAUUUUGUAUUUUUAUUGGAAUAAAUUAAUUUUAUGAUGCUAAUUCUUUAAAAGUUUAUUUUUUUCAUUUUCAGUUAUUUUUGAAGCUAAAACCUUUGUAAUAUUGUUACUAAAGUGUCUAGUUUUUUGAAAUGCAAAGCUUUAUGUAUUAACUUGCUGAUGUGGUUUACAAUAGUGUGACAACGAUGAAAAUGGUUGGUUAUGUAAAGUGAUUGGAAAUGUAACGGAUAAUUGGGUAAUAAAAUGACAGAAUGAGCAGAACAUGUGAGAUUUUGAGAAGCCUUUUCCUUUAUCACAGUGGUUUAGUGUAAGACUAGGGAUGUCACAGUGCAGUUCUCUAGGGAUGUCACGGUGGAUUUAUACAACACCAGGUGCAGCCAAACCUGUGGCCCUGAGAAUGAAGUCACCCCAACCGGAAUACCACCGGGUUUCAAAUCUGGCUAAGUCAACAGAAUGUUUCAUUGCUUUUUCCCCUCUAACUCUUCAUUAUGUCGUGUGUGUGUGUGUGUGUGUGUGUGUGUGGGAGAGAGAGAGAGAGAGAGAGAAAGAGAGAGAACCUGCCACCAACUGCUGUCCUUGUGUGAGACAGUGCCUUUCUCCCAGGCCGAAUCUUUUCUGUGCACUGACAGUGGUGAUGUCUGAGUCAUACAGGAAGUUGCUAAGAGGACACCGCCUUCGUGGUGUACUGCAGACCUCACCUGCAGGGUCUCACUCGUGCUGCCUCCCUGUAAGGCUCAGUUGGUGGCACUGAAGAAGCACACUCGGAUGUCACCACUGUCUGUGGACCCUGACUAUGUGUCGGGUUGCAUCUUCCUCCACACCCACGCCUGCUUCCUGUUCUGGUGCCCCUUGUUUGCCUUUCAUUGUGGCAACUGCGUGCAUGAUCUGUCUGCCUUUCUGCUGCUGCUUUUCCAACACCCUCCUCACCUGGAAGCUGUGCAGUUAAGGCACAGUCAUUAAUGUGUCAUUGCAAUAGCACCUACAGUCAAAGCAAAAACUACAACUGCAAAACUGGUGUUGCGUAAACAGAACAGCCAAUGACUUGCUCCAGAUAGAUGAUAUGUUUCUACUAGUGGUUGAUGGCCUCUUUCAGCUCCAUCGCUGUGGAGGUGAGGUUCAUCAAUAACUCAGAGAAACUUGUGUCCAGAGUUGGUCUUGGGUAUGCUCUAUGUAUUCAGUUUUGUAAAUAAUAUAUAGAUUAGAUCAAGUUGUGAUGUAAAAUUUUAACUCAAAUUGGGUACUACUGGUUGGAAUUUUACAUUAACUACAAAUAAAUGAUUAGGAACAGAAGAAAAGAAAUCGGAAAAUUCUUGCUUAGUGGUAUAAAGAUUAUGCUUAGAUUUCUGCCUAUAUCUUGUGUUUUAUAGCUUGUUAGUGAGGCAUGGGCUAAUGCAGAAUGUACUGCAUUUAUGCAAUUAGCAAAUAACUGCUAGUUUUCAUUUUAUCUAUUAUAUUAGCAACAAAAUGGCAUUUAACUGGGUAAAGCUCCUACCUAAAUAUUUGAGUAUUGUGACAUCUCUACUUGCAAGGUUUGAGUGAAAGAUUAGUCACAGAUUAGUGAAAAAAAUGUAUCUUUUUGUUAAAAAUGGCUUAUUUGAAUGGAUUGUUGCUUUUCACUAGCUUGUAUGGUAUGUCAGCUAACAUUUCUUUGUUUUUUUUUCUUUUAUAAUAACUAAACUUCUCUAUCUCAGCUGCAAUAGUGUUCCAUCUUACCACAGAGUGUUUUAUAAUUAAUGCUGUUGACUUUAUACCCCAAAAUGGGUCAAGAAGUGGCUAUAUGAUUCGGGGAUGUUUAAAUUUGUAUGAUGACAAAGUUAAUUGCAACAAGUAGAAAACUUGGGUGCUAAUACAGGAUAACUUAUGCUCUUUUUCUUACCUGGAUAUAGUUCUGUUGGGGUAUAAAGUAUUAGGUAUUUGUAUUUUUGCUGUCAAAAUAAUGGACUUAACUUUUAGGGUGUUCACAGCUAAGAUCUCUGUAUUUGUUUUUCAACUAACAACUAAUUUUAAAUGUAUUGUAUCUUUUAUUACUUGUUCUCUUAGAUUGUUUUUUGCUAGUAACCCUUACUCAGCUUCUGCCUUUGGGGCUUGGACUAAUAUUGCUUGUAUGGAACUACAGUACUGUGACUAAACAUGGAGCUCAAUGCAGCUACUGCUUACAACUGCUUAAACUUUGUAGUUUGGACUUCAUUUUUUUCUGUAAUAACAACUUAUUAAAUCUAGUUGUAUGAAGUA